AUGGGUCGGUGUGCAACCCUAAACAAUGUGGACGACAUCCUUGGUACAAGUCGCUUCACCCGCUUUCGCAGUUCAAACCACUUUAUCUCGUUCACAGUCGGACUCGCUGUCUUUGUGGACCUGCUCUGUUAUGGCAUCAUCAUGCCCCUGACGCCCUUCAUCGUCGAGAGACUAGGUCUUGGGUCGACAGCCAACGGUGCAUUGAUUGCAUGUUAUGCCGUCGGUUUGCUGAUCUCUUCUCCUGUGGCGGGCAUCAUCUCCGAUAGGAUGGCGAACCGUCGGGUUCCUAUGGUCGCUGGAUUGAUGGCCCUGUUGCUCUCCACGGUUCUGUUCAUGGAAGGCCUGGAUCACUUUUGGCUCCUACUACUUGCUCGUUUUUCGGCUGGUUUGGCCGGUGGAACGAUGAUGACUCUUGGCUUCGCUCUGCUCUCGGACACAUAUCCAGCCAACCAGCUGGGUGCCGAGAUGGGCAAGGUCAUGAUUGGACAGACCCUUGGACUGAUGGUCGGACCACCAAUGGGUGGGAUUUUGCAAGACCAUGUCGGUGUCAAGGCGCCCUAUGUGUUCUGCAUCAUCCUCAUCGGUGUAGAUCUGGCAGCUCGCCUGUUGAUCAUUGAGCCCCGGAGCGCCAAGGUCAAGGCAAUCAGAGAAUUCCAAAAACGACAGAACCAAACACAAGAAGGACAAGGGCAAGGGGAGCAAUCGCUCGGGAUUGAAAAGAAUAUCGACACUCUUGAGGGAGCCCCGACUCCGGCCAAGGCACAGGCCACUAGUGAGAUGUCGACUCUAAAAGGUUUAUUGACGAACAAGCGUUUGGUCACGGCUUUGUUCGUCAGUUUCAUCAACGCUUUCCUCAUCGCUGCGCUGGAACCCGUGCUGCCACUCUAUCUCGCGGAUUUCGGAAUUUCCAAGACCCAGAUCGGUGUCAUUUUCCUUGCGAUCAGUAUCCCGUCCUUUGUCGCACCGGUUGCUGGCUGGUACUCUGACAAGCACGGUGCCAAGGUCAUGUCCGGGGCUGCGAUCGCGAUUUGUGGCGUGUUUGUGGUCGUGAUUGGCAUCCCAGGACUGCCUCUGUGGGCGAUCAUCCUCUUCCUGGUCGGAGUGGGCGCCACCUGUGCGGUGUACAUUACCCCAGUGCUGGGCGAGAUCUCGGCCGUGGUCCGGGUUACGGGCGAAGGAGAUGGGUUUGCGAGGGCCUUUGCGCUCUUCAACAUGGUCUUUUCGCUGGGGAUGGUGGUGGGACCGCUGCUGGGAUCGGUCAUCUAUCAGGAGACGAGUAUGUUGUGGACGUGUGUGUUGAUCGGAGUAGUGACGGUAUUGACGCUACCCAUGGUGUUCCUGUACACGGGAGGCAAGGCCCAGAAGUUGCGUGAUCAGGCACAGUAUGAGAAGGAUAUGCAGGAAGAGAGCAUGGUUCUGAGUCAGAUGCAGGAGCAGAACCGGCAGCAGUAG